AUGUUUCGUCCAACCUCUUUCUUCGCACUUGGCGCACUUCUGUUUCUCGCAAUACUUGAUCACGCCUCCGCUGUCACAGCGGGUUGCGGCAAGUCACCAAGGUUGACCAACGGUGUCCAAAGGACGACGGUGAACGGCAAGCAACGCCAGUGGACCCUCCGAAUCCCGAAGAACUAUGACAACUCCCAUCCCUACAAAUUCAUCUUCGGUCUCCACUGGUUGAAUGGCGACAUGACAUCUGUCUCCGGCGGUAGCGCACCGUACUAUGGCCUUGCGGCUCUCGCAAACGAGACGGCCAUCUUCAUCGCACCUGACGGCAUAAACAAAGGCUGGGGAAACCAGAACGGCGAAGACAUUACCUUCCUCGAUACCAUUCGCAAGCAAGUCGAGGAUGAUCUCUGCGUAGACGAGACACAACGUUUCUCCCUCGGAUUCUCCUAUGGCGGUGCUAUGAGUUUCAGUCUAGCAUGCAGUCGUGCGAAGGAGUACCGCGCCAUCGCUGUGCUAUCUGGUGCAACUCUUUCAGGCUGCGCCGGCGGAAACGAUCCAAUUGCUUUGUACCAGCAGCAUGGAGUGAAAGACAGCGUCCUGCCCAUCGCUUCAGGAAGGGAGAUUAGAGACCGCUUCGUGAGACUGAACGGGUGCCAGGCUAAGAACGCGCCAGAGCCGGCGAAAAACAGCAGGCAGCGAAUCAAGACGGUAUACGAUGGGUGCAAGUACCCGACACAGUGGACUGCUUUCGAUGGAGAUCAUGUUGCGCUGCCCGGAGACGCGGGUAACGAUGUUGGACCACAAAGUUUUACACCUGGUGAGGUCUGGAAGUUCUUCUCUCAGUUUUAA